UCUGCCCCAUUGUACCGGCACCCCCUCUGCUGCAGCCCUGGCCACAAGACGCAUCUCUGCUCCCUGAGAGCCCUGUACACACAUGAGGCGGCAUCACUGCAGCGGGGAAUGUGCGGGGACACGGAGCACUGGAGCCCGGGAGCCGGCAGGGAGCGGAGGCCGCCGCCUGUGUUACCCUCCCGGGCUCUCCGCGGCUCCAGCUCCUCCCCGCAGCGUCCGAGCAGCUUCCUGCGGCCCCACCUUGUGGGAGAGAGCCCUGGGAUGGGGACGAGGGCCGGGAAGAGAGGGAACGAGCCCCCGCAGCGGAGCCAUCGGGCCGGAUCCAGCCGGAUGUGCAGAACGUCAGGCAGAGCGGGAGGACUGUGGCGGAGAUCCCGGGGCCUGCUCCCGCCUCCUCCGCCACAGACGGCGGCACACGGUGAGGGGGGAUGUCCGGGAGGAGGCAGGCGCGGAGAAGGCGGCCUCUCCUGUCCGGUUCUAGCCGCUAAAGGGCUCUUCUCCCGGGCAGGGAAGCACAAGGGGAGAGCGGAGCUGCAGCCGGGCUGAGAGGGGUGUAGGCGGGGCCUGUGUCCGGUGUCAGCCAAUAGACGCGCAGGAGGGCGGAGCUCAGCAGCCAAUCACUGCGCAGCGCUCCACAUAUAAGAGGCGGCCCCGGCCUCAGUGUUUUCUACAGAAGUCUUUGUAUUUCAGUUUCACACGAUGGCAGAGACCGCGCCAGCAGCCGCCGCUCCUCCUCCUCCCGCCGAAGCGGCCGCCAAGUCCAAGAGGCAGCCGAAGAAAUCCGCCGCUGCAGGGGGCGCCAAGAAAAGCAAGAAGCCGUCCGGUCCCAGCGUGUCCGAGCUCCUCGUCACAGCCGUGUCCGCCUCCAAGGAGCGCAGCGGGGUGUCUCUGGCCGCCCUGAAGAAGGCUCUGGCUGCAGGAGGAUGCGAUGUAGAGAAGAAUAAUAGCCGCAUCAAGGUGGCCAUCAGGGCUCUGGUCACCAAGGGGACCCUCACCCAGGUGAAGGGCAGCGGCGCCUCCGGCUCCUUCAAGCUCAACAAGAAGCAGCAGGAGACCAAGGACAAGGCGGCCAAGAAGAAGCCGGCGGCCAAGAAACCUGCAGCUACUGCGGCCAAGAAACCCGCUAAAUCCCCGAAGAAGCUCAAGAAGGCUCCGGCCAAGAGCCCGAAAAAGACCAAGAAACCAGCCGCGGCCAAGAAAGCAGCCAAGAGCCCCAAGAAGCCGAAGGCUGCCCCCAAGCCCAAGAAGCUGGCCAAGAGUCCGGCUAAGAAGGCGGCCAAACCCAAGGCUGCCAAGAGUCCGGCUAAGAAAGCGGCGAAAGCCAAGAAGAGCGCGGCCAAGAAGUAACCGGCGCCGCCCGCACCUCUCCCCAAAGGCUCUUCUCAGAGCCACCACCUCCUCCUCAGACGAGCUCCACUCCGCCCUUCUGCCCUCGUUCUCCGCUCACGGCGGGCGGGGGCUCCGGCUCCUCUGCGGGAAGGAAUAGGGUUAACCCUGUCAGCGCCGCUCUCUUCAGUCUAUCAGGGCCUCUCUGCUCGGCUGAUACCCGCGCCGCCCUCUGCUGGUAGUGAUGCCGCCGCU